AUGGCAGCACCUUCUCAGCAGGCCCCACCGCCAGGCCCAGGCCUGGAGGAAGGGGAUAGGCCGCGCCCGCUGACCGAAGCAGAGAAGAAGGCGAACCACAUUGCCUCAGCAGAACAGAAGCGCCGACAGGCGAUCCGCGAAGGGUUUGACCGGCUCUCCGAGAUCGUGCCCGGUCUUAAAGGCCAAGCGCGCUCUGAAGCCCUGGUGCUCAAGAAGACGCUGGACUUUGCGAGGCAGCUGAUGCAGGAAAGGAAAGCGCUGAUUGAGGAGCUUGAUGCGCUGGGCGAGCACGUGGAUUCGGAGAUCAGACUGUGA